AAUUAUAGAAUAACGUUAAAGAUUAUAUAAUGGCUCCAGGAAGACCGAAAUACUUCACGCCAAACGAAGUGAGCCUGCACAACACUAUCAAGGACGUUUGGGUUUCUUAUUUGGGCAAAGUAUAUGACUUGACUCCGCUUUGUGAUGAAUAUGCAGGCAAUAUUCUUCUCAAGCCAAUAAUAGCAAGCGCUGGUAAAGACAUCUCCCACUGGUUUGAUUCCAAUACAGGAGAUAUCCGAACACAUAUAGACCCGUCCACUGGCAUAAGGAAGUACUACGCCCCCCAUGGAAGGUUCGUUCAUAUCCCACCACCAUGUCCAGCGUCUGAUUGGUCAAAUGAUUUCGGUCGUCCGUGGUGGAAAGACAAUAAAUAUGAAGUUGGGGUUUUGAGCGACAAGACACGACUUAUCAGGAUAAUAAAUACCCUCACGUCCCAAGAACAAACCAUUGAGGUUUGUUGUGAAGAAAAUAUGAACGAGAUUCUGCAGCGAUAUCUUAAGUAUAACGGCCAUGCUGCCAGUUACACAUGGAAAUACGAUGGUAUACCAUUGUCCAUGAAUAAAACCUUGAAAGAUAAUGGGAUUGAGGACGAAGAUACAGAGUUUUAUGAACUUGGGAUGGACUAUGAGCUGUGGACGCCAGCGAUACAUCUCUAUUUUAACGAUGAUCUAACUGAAGCAUGAAUCUGUUUUUCUUGUGCUGUUUUCUUUGUAAAUAACAUGCAUAUUUUUAGUCUUGUUUUAUAUAAACAGUUUGUCUUGAGUUUUAAUGGCCUUGGAAGUUUAAAACAGUGCAGGUGACUAAGAUACAAAACUGCAGUGU